UCACGAUCGAUAUGCACUUUUUUGCUGAAUUGUAAAUAUUUAGCAAAACUAUUUCAAAUUUCAAUAAGUUUGUAUAGAUUUGGACAUAAUUUAUUUAUGAAAAUUAAUUUUGCAACAUCAUUCCACAAGAAUUGAGGUUUUAUUCACCUGUGUCAAAUCAUGAAAUGGCAUCCACAAUGUUAAAACCAAAUCGCACCUCCUCCACGAAUGACCCCAUCGGCGCAAUUCUAAAUCGGGCGAGAAGCACGUUAAAUCAAUCCCGACAAUUUCGGGACCCCAGCGAUAAGCAAGUUAAGCAACCCUCUCUCCUUCUCCGCCCCCCGAAACCGGAAGUCAUCAGCACCCAGGCCAGCAAACUACUCCAGAAUGACAACCGUUCCAUUACAAAGACGAGUAAUAAUAAUAACUCACGAUUCAUCCUCGACCUGGAUAAGCACUCAUCCACCACGACAAACUCGAUUGACGAUUUAUUAGGCCGUACUAAAACAAUUUUAGAGCAGAAAAAGAGUCGUAAUCGAAAGGGAGAUGGUGUUUUGUCAAAUCCACCAGUUUCUGAUGUUGCUCCUCCUCCUGCUGUCCCGCAAAGCACAAAAUCUGCCGCAAAUUACGACUACGACUCGAUUUUCUCGAAUGUAACUUCGUCCAAACGAGUGGGACGGAGUGACUUCAAUAUCUUCAAUGUCCAAAAUGCGUCCUCAAAUGUCGGGGGAGGUUCUUCCGCCAAGUUGGAAAACCUGGAGAGUUUUGUGGGACUACAGCAGCCCCCACCGGAAAAAGUGAAGAUUAAAACGUCCAACCCCCGCAUGACCAAAAAGUCUUCAAACCUCAAUAAUUCUCAGAACCAGAGAGAUGACGCUUAUCAUGAGAAUGAAGAUCGUGGCGACGACGAUUCUCAAUCUGCGGGGUCCUCCUCGUACGAAAGUAGCUACACGACGGGAGACUCGACCGAAGAGGAGAAUGACGACGACGGAUCGACCACGAUUACGCCACCCACGAUAACGGAAACCUAUUCAAAAUCUGUGAGCAAUUCUGCUCCCUUGAAAGCGAUCACGCUCGGGGAUGAAAACGAUUAUCGAGCCAAACCUACGGAGUCAAAGAAGUCUAGAAAAUUAAAAGUACAGGAUUUGAAAGACCGACCACUCGUAUUUCUCUCGGAGGAAUCGCACGCCGUUUUCAAAGCAAUGUCCCCCGACGAAGAUGAAAAAUCGUCCCCCGCUAAUAAACAAUAUGACAACAAUACUUCUCCAAAAUCGUACACGGAAGAUUUCGUGAGUGAGAUUCAAAGCGUGGCGGAUAAUUUUAGCAGGACCUUUGCCCGUUCCGUGUCCAUGGUGGAGGACAGCAUUGAAGUACCUCAGACGGAGAGCGACACGGUUUCCGAGAUCCCACUAGAAUUGGAAGGGAGUGAAAGCGGUGGAGAAAGCAGUCAAAGAUCUGUCUCACAUCGCAAGCUGAGUGUCAAAAAUGCCAUCAACAGUCUCCGAAUUGUGAAAGAAAUACAAGGAAAUUUACAAGACUUGGAAAUUUCUGAUCGUUCUGGUGCAUUGUCGGAGGAUGAGUCGGAGGCCAACAAGGCGUCUGAGCAGGCGUCUGCCACCACCAAUAAUGAGUAUUCGGACGAUCUCGUAAUUAAUGGUGCUGAGAUUAUGACAUCGACAAACACUUCCGGGGGAGGAAAAGUUGGGAAAAAGUCAGAUUCCUUGAAAACUUCGGGGAGUGCGAGUGGAAUUUCGAAAUCAAGCAAGCUCUCCUCCGCCAAGAAUUUGGGACAGCAGAAAGCGCAAAAGUCAUCCACCACUUCCCAAAGUGGUAUCGAAAUCGAUCUUUCUCGACAGUCGUCACGAAAAGCGUUUCAAGCAGCGCUUUCUCAAGUAAAACUGCAAGACGAACUACCAAAAAAACACGUGAUAACUGCCGUACAACAACCACCCCCACUUGUUGUUGCUGACCAGGAGAAAGAUAAACCCACUAAAAAGACCGACCCAGUUUAUCAAGUACCACAAACCAAACCUCAAACACAGAUUCACUCCAUCCUAGAAAAGGAAGUGUAUCGCAAGGAGCUGAAUCGUCUCCGUAAAAUUCAUCAACGAGAGGACAAAGAAAUUCAGAAAAUUAACGAGGUCCGACUCAAAAAUUACAAAACGGUGAAAGAACUGGAGAAAGGAGGACGGGGAAAAUUUAGACAGCCAAAAAUUGACUUUCCAGCAGAACUGGAGACGGAUCUGUCCUCCUCGGGAAAUUGGGGGGCUCCGUACUUCAAUUUGGAUGGGAGUUUAAGUCAGGGCUACAGAAUGGAAAAUUUACCAAGAACACCGGAUGAAAAUUAUGGACUUCAAGUUUCCAACAUGGAUGUUCCCCAACUGGUGAGGGAAGUGGUCAAGAGUAAUGAAAGGAUGUACAAGAUGACGAUCCGGGCGGCGAAAGAGAUGUCGAAAGAGUACGGAAAAGAUGUCAAGUUGGCGAGAAAAAUUAGACAGGACAAACUUGUGAAGAGUAAAGUAUUGAAAAAUUAAAUAAUAAUUUUAAGUACUUACAUGUAAAAUCUUGAUUUGCUGGAUUGAAAUAAAUGUUGCAUACAAGUUUUUUAUAGAGUUUAUCCAUAAUUGCGAUUGGAUUUAUUACUUCAAUUACUUAUUUGGUUUAAAUCUGUACCAAGUUUCUAAAAUCUAAAAAAACAAAUGUGAAACACAAAAUAAAAAUAAUAUGGAUUUGUAGA